UAAUAAAAUGAUGACAAAAAAGUGAAGAACCUCCUCUCUUUUGUAAGAAAAGGAGAAAAAAGAGCAUUCUUGUACGUACAGUUUGUGCUUUCUCUUCUUUAUUACAGAAAUCGCCGAAUAAAUAGUGAAGAGUUUGGUUCUAGCAAUAACCCACAUGUCUCCUCGUCUCUUUUGACCUCUCUUUUUCUUACGACACCGCAAAAUAAUCAAAUCCCCUUCUUUAUCUUCUCUUACCCCAAAUUUCCCUUACAAUUAGGGUUCUUCUCUCGCGACAACUUACUCAAAAACUGAAAACAAUUUUUCUGGGAUCUUGUCUCUCCAGCCUUUUCUUUUUCCCUUGUUUUUCUCUUUUGGGUCAAUUUGGAAUUUAGAAAUCUAAAAAAAAUUCAUUGGGUUUUUUUUUUGGAAUUAUAGAAAUGCAGUGUUUGAAACCAGGACCGGAGUUAACCACCACCAAUGUCGUAACGAUCAACGUCGGCGGCGAAAAUUUUCAGACGACCAAACAGACGUUAACACAAGCGGGACCGAAUUCUCUCCUUUCUCAAUUGGCUGAAACGACGUCGGAUCGUUUUGUUGACCGGGACCCUGUUUACUUCUCGCUCCUUCUUUCACUCCUCCGUACAGGUGCUCUUCCGUCCAAAGUCAAAGACUUUGACCUUAGGGAUCUCAUCGAAGAGUCGAGAUACUACGGCCUUGAGUCCCUUUUGACGAACUCUUUGACCAACCCUUCUCAAUUAGACGCUUUUGCCCUUCAGAAAUCUUCGAUUUUACCCUUGAAUGGCCGCGACUCCCCUUCCGCCGUUGCCACUACGCCGUUUGGAUCCCUCCAUGUUUCCCACGGGAGCAAGAUUACGUCUUUCGAUUGGUCGUUGACGAGAAAGUCAACGAUCUUAACGCAAUUCCCAGCCGUGGAUUCAUUACUCGCGAUUUCCCCUGAUACCGCCGCGGCCGGUGCGACGGACUUCUCGGGGCUCCAGAUCCUCGAUCUCCAAAACGGGUCUGUCAAACAAACUCUCAAUUGGGAGAACGCGACCCGAUCCGGUUCCACGGUUCAAGCCAUCGGUUCAUCAGGCGAGUUCUUGUUUACUAGCUUCGAAUCCAGUAGGAGAAACUCUAAUUCAAUUAUGGUUUAUGAUUUGAAUACAUUGAACCCUGUUACUGAAAUAGGUCAUAAUGAGAUUUUUGGGGCUGAUAUUGAUUCAGCCAUCCCAGCUACAAAGCUGAGAUGGGUUUCAAGGUACGGGUUAGUUAUGGCUUCCGGGUCACAUAGCGGGUUAUCGGGCGUAUCGGGUAAUAUUAGGUUUUGGGAUAUAAGAUCUGGUAAUGUAGUUUUCGAAUUGAAGGAGAAAAUCGAUUGCUUUUCGGAUAUUUGUGUUUCAGAUAAUCUUAAUGCGGUUUUUAAAGUCGGAGUGAAUUCUGGUGAGGUUUUUUACACAGAUUUUAGGAGUUUAAGCAGUGUGAAUGAUAAUAGUAAUCCAUGGAUUUGUCUUGGUGAUAAGAGGAAAGUUAUUAAUGGGAAAAAAGAAGGGUUUGGGUGCAAAAUCGAGAAUCACGGAAAUCAAGUUUUUUGUAGUAAAGGAGGGGAUAUCGAGUUGUGGUCGGAGGUUGUAAUGGGUUCGGCCAAGACUAGUAACGGUAGUGAGGACCAGUUGACGAAAAGGGAUUUUAAAAAGAAUAUGAUGGGGAGAGUGAAGGAUAUGGGAGGUUCGAGGAUAACGAACUUGGCAUUCGGUGGGAACAAGAUGUUUGUGACCCGUAAAGAUCAGCAAGUUAUCGAGAUUUGGCAGGGUUCGGCUAGAGGGAUUUGAUUCUUCGAGACCUUCAGUUAAAUGUUUCGUAGGAGAGAAUGUUUGAUCAAACUAUAAAUCAGGGUACUGUUUGUUUCUUAAGUUAGUGUCUAGUUCAAUACUUUGUGUAAAUGAAAGGUCUGUAUUGUAUCUUUGUAAUUUAUGGAUUUGGUUCUUGGUGAUUGAAUUGAUAUCAUCAUCAACUAUUGUUACAAUUUAUAUUGAAUCAUAAAUGAAGAACUUCCAUGCUUUUGCUGUUUA